GGAGGUAUAGAUAAGUAGCAGAAGACCAGUGGCAUGAGGGUGUCCAAGAGUUAAGUAGGCAUCAGAGAUGAUCCCAUUCCUGCUCUAAAGUCAAGAAAAGCCUCUGCACCCCGUGUUCCUCAUUACUUUAUAGCUGCUAGGCAUGGUAUGUCUACCUAGGACAUUGUCCUAACAAGGUCUUUAAACCCGUGACUCUACUAGACCACCUGAGGCUCCGUCUUCUCCAGCCAUGAAUGGGACUCUCUUUAACCAGACCGUCGUAGACCAAGAAGCCUACGGCAACAGCUCUCAAGACUUCGGCUCCCUCUUGGGAUGUUGCAACAGUACCAGGGCCGUCAUAACCACCGAUGGUAGCUCUCUGAUCCUCAACUCUGACGAGAGGAGCAUGUUCAUCACCAGGGUGGUGCAGAUAGCCGUACUGUGCGUCCUCUCUCUCACUGUCAUCUUUGGGGUCUUCUUCCUGGGAUGCAAUCUGCUCAUCAAAUCUGAAAGCAUGAUCAACUUCUUGGUGAAGGACAGGAGACCUUCGAAAGACGUUGGGGCGGUGAUCUUGGGUCUCUACUGAAGAAGCCGGCGCUCCGAAUCCUAAAAUGAUCUUGAAUAUGACAUCUCCCUGGGGUUGUUCCUCUGAGACUUGGCCAUGGAGAAGACCACGAAGGUCCUACAAAGACAAAAUUGUCACGGAGUUGUGUUUUUUUAAGGGUUUGCAUGUAGCGUGCCAAAUCUGAACUCCAGUAUGAAGGAAUUUUUAUUUUUUUUGCUGUCUUUCUAAAGACAAACUCGAGUAACCCCUAAAAUGCCAGAGCCUGCUGCUACAGAGGCUUUUGUUUUUACAUGGGACUUCAAUUUGGGGUAACUUGUCAUAAAACAAGGGGUGUGCAUGCUUUGAAUCCAGAAUGUCCUAUUAUAGUCCAAAUUUUAAUUUUGUAUGUGGACUAAAGCAUGUUUUCUAAGGAGGGGGUUCGGGUACGUUUUCAGAAAACGGAUGUUUUUGUACUAUAUUUAAUAUCCCGAGCAUGAUUUGUACAAGAUUUCGGAAUGCAGUUUUUAUUUUGUACGUAAAGUCUUGGUUUUAUCGCAAAAUGUCUAUGUUCUAUUUCUUGCAUCUCGAUACGUUAUGAAUUUCAAAU